UAGCCAUUAUACUACAACACAUACGUAAUUUUCUUUUAGUGAAGUCAUUGACUACUAACAAAUACUUUUGUGCAGAAAGGUUGUGCUACUUGUGCAUGAAUAGGCAACAAAGGUAAAUUAAGUUCAUGAUGGGUGUUCUGUUUAAGACCAUGGCGAAAUCGUUGAAUUCGGAAGAGAACGACUUUUUUACUAAGCUGCUUGGAGAGGUAGCUCUGAUGCAAGCAAGAUUCAACUUUUAUUCCGCUGUGUUCAAAAGCCGAUCAGGUCUUGGUGUGUCGGCACACAUAGACAGGUCAGGAAUAAGAGUUCUGUUGCAGGACAAAGAAGUAGAGGGUCUUCAAGUUUUGGUGGAUGGUAAAUGGGAUACAGUCCCCAUUGUGCCACAGGCCAUUGUUGUUAAUCUUAGUGAUCAAGUGCAGAUUAUGAAUAAUGGCAUAUUCAAGGGCCCACUGCACAGGGUGAUGAAGCUAUCUGUGGCCUUGCUUAAUGAGAACCAGAUCCUGAUACUGAGAUUAGUCCAGUGGAGAAACUGAUAGAUGAGACAAGGCCGGCCAAGUUCAUACAAAAAUGUCAAAAAUUAUGGCAAUAUCAAGUAAUUAUCAACUAUGAAUGCUAUCAGAGAGGAGAAGUAGCACUUGAAACAUUAAUUCUGGUAUUUUCUUUCAUCCAUGUAAUUCGUAGGGGUAACAAAAGUAAAUACUUUUGUCAGUCAUAUCAAGAACUAAACAACUC